CUUUGCAACGAUCGACCAGCACGCCAAGGAACAAUGGCAGACAUGUCCGGCGCGCCUGUGCAGCUGAUCCGCGUCGACCCUGAUGGAUCGUUCCACGUCGGGGAGGCGGCUGUGAAGAAGCUCGAGAAGAUCAAGGGAAAGAUUGCGAUCGUAGCGGUAGCUGGGUUGUACCGAACGGGCAAGUCGUUUCUGCUCAACUUGCUUGUGAGCAAGCAGACAGCGACGGGAACCGCCAACAUGAACAAUGGGUUUGCAGUUGGGGGAACGAUCAAUGCAUGCACCAAGGGCAUUUGGAUGUGGGGUGAACCGCUCGUGUUGGAGGACGGGACGUCCGUGAUCUUCCUCGACACCGAAGGUAUCGGGUCCGUGGAUCGGGAACAGACCCACGACACCCGCCUGUUUGCGCUCGCGCUGCUUCUUGGGUCGUACUUUGUCUACAAUAGCCGCGGCGUCAUCGAUGGCAAUGCGAUCGAGGACUUGAGUCUCGUUGUGAACUUGAGCAAGCACAUCCAGACAUCGUCGGCAGCAGGGCUCGGCGGGUCCAGUGCCGCCGCGCUCCACGAGUACUUUCCGUCGUUUCUAUGGGUUGUUCGCGACUUUGCGCUGCAGCUGCAAGAUCAGGGAAAGGAGAUCUCGUCGAAGCAAUAUCUGGAAAACGCUCUGAAGCCGCAGGGCGGCUUGUCGGCGGAGGUGGCUGGCCGCGACCAAAUUCGCUUGCUGCUCUCCGAUUUUUUUCGCGAUCGCGAUUGUGUGACGUUGGUUCGUCCUGUCGAAGAUGAGUCCCAGCUGCGCAACCUGCCCAAUAUUCCGUACGGAGACUUGCGCGGCGAGUUCCGCGCCAAGUUUGAAGCGAUGAAGAAGCGUUUGCUUGAAAAAGCCACCCCCAAAAGUCUCUUUGGCAAAGCCCUGAACGGCGCCAUGUUUACCAACCUCGCCAAAUCGUACGUCGAAGCGCUCAACAGCGGCAAGGCCCCCGUGAUCUCGAGCGCGUGGACGCGCGUCGUGCAGGCGCAGUGCGAAGACGCUGUCGACGAAGCGGUCGCCACAUUCAAGAAGGAAAUGAGCGCUCGCGUCGGCGACUAUGUCGAAGGCAAGGAGCAGUUUGCCGACCGCUUCGAGGAAAUUCUGACCGACGCCACGGCCGUGGCUGCCGAUGCUCAAGUUGUCAACGCAGGAUCAGGGACUGCACAAUUUGAUGAGUUUGGCAACUUGAAAAAGUUUGUGCCUGGCGCUGUGGUACCAUCGCCAAAAGCGGUGGAGAACAUUGUGCCGGCCAAAAGGCAAGCCCCGGUCGAACUCCAGCACAUGACGUUGCCGGUGUCCUCUGCGGACCUCGAAGCCAUCUACGAACUGUGCGAGCAACUCGCUGACCGCACCUUGCGCUUGAACGACAUUGGGGACCAACCCGAGAUGCAGCAGUUUCGAACGUCGUUCCGGACGUCGGCGCACGUCGUGCUGGACGUAUACCGCCACAAGAACGCGGCGGCGUCCAUGGUGUAUUGCAAGCACUUGCUCAAGUUUUUGAGUGACAAGAAGUUUGGCGCGUUUGCUUCGUCCAAAUUGGCGUCGCUGGGCCCGCUCGAAUACCACCAACGGACCCUCAACUACCUUGACGAUCUCAAGAGCCUGCGCGACGACUACUGCAAACUCGCGAUCGGUCCUUCCGCAGACGCAGCCUACUGCCAGUACAUGAGCCAGAACGUGUUUAAUCAAGUCAUGGAAUGGACGGAAGACACGAACCGAGCGCACACAGCGCACUUGCAAACGCUGCAGGCGGAAGCCAACGCGACCGGGCUCCAAGUGGCGUCGGCACAAGGCCAGGCGACUGCGAUGAAGGAACUUGCGGCCCAGGAAGUGCAGAAAUGCGAAUUGACGCUCAAAGAAGCCGAGCGAAAGGCAAAGAGCGAAGUCGACGCGUUGAGGGCAUCGCUGGACUACAAAACACACGAACUCGAGCAUGUGCUCAACCACAACGCAACAAUGCGUCGGUUGGCCGACACGGCGCAACAAGGAAAUGUCCGGGCAAACGAAGUCGCGACGAACAAGAGCCCGCAGUUCUUUGCUGGAUACCUCAUCAAGCAAGGGGCGAUGUCAGGCUCUAGCCAGCGCUCCAAGUGGCAGCAGCGCUACUUUGUCUUGACGGGAGCCGCACUUCGGUACGUCUCGAUCGCCCGGGCUUUUUGGUAUUGACAGACACGCAGGUACUACAACACGAAGGACGACUUUGAACGGUCCCGCAGCGACGACCCACCCAUCGACGUCGGCCGCGCGGUCAUCGAAGAAGACCGCGAAAUUGCCGAAGCCUUUUCGAUUGCGUUUCCAGAUCAUUCGCACGACACGCUAUACCUGCAUGCCAAGUCGCAAGCCGUCAAAGACGAGUGGAUCGACCACCUUCUUAAAGUGCGACGCAGUGCGGCACCCACCUCACGGACCCUCAGCAGCUCCAACAAUAGCAGCAGCGGGGCGCAGUACCAGUUUUAGGAUGUUGGGCGUCGUUGUUGAUCAUGCAAUUCUCAUGCUGAUGCAUGCAUCUUGUGGCCCAAACACAAACUGCUUCUGGACUUUCGUUGAUUCAUAAAAUCGCAUUCCCA